GUAGCUUUUGUCUGAACCGCGUCGAGUGAUCGAACCGCACGUGAUUGUCGAACGGGCUCGUCGUCAGUGUGCGAUCUGAAUCCGUUAGGUGGUGUUUUGUCCGCGUAUUAAAAAAUUGCAUCGCUUAAUUUUAGUACACAGCAGACACGAAAAAAACAGAGCAAGCUCAUCUUCUUGCUGGGCAAAGUGAAUAAAGGCAAAAUUGCAUAAACUAAACAAAACACCAAAAAUACAUCAUUUAAAGUGCAUUUCGGUGCUACGUCUUUCAGUCUUGAGUAAACCACCAAAGGUACAAAGUGUUUUCCCGCUGUGCCCGCCUUAAGCCAUACCCCGAUUUUUGCUGUAGCAGGGUGAAAGGUGUUAAAUUUACGCACUUUCUGGUAACUUUCUGGUAGUGUGGUGCCGUUUCUUUGCCUGCAACCAUCGCCCGUUCGGUGUCGGCGCAAACCUAGCGGAGAAUGAUACGGCUUUGAAGAGCAGCUCGAACCGCAUUUUACGCAACUUCUCGACCAGCGCACCUCAAUCAAUUGCAACGCGUUCCAGUGCAGCGUAAUUCAACAAGCAACCUCACAUCAUCGUGUUGGGUGAUUUCAAAACUCCAACUACUGCCACUGCCAAAGCGAAGAACCGAAGAUGCUGUUCCAAAACUCGGCCAUGGCUGCACUAUCGAGACGGGCGUACUGGAAACCGUCGCCGCGCUGUUAUCGCUUUCUGCUGGUCCUGCUGGUUGGCAUUCUCAGCGGCAAACUGCUGACAACGGCCCGCGCUAAACCCACCCUGCCGUUUCAGCUGUCGCAGAUACCGGGCUUUACGCACAUCGUCGAGCGACGGCUGAUGGACGCGAUGAAAACCUACAGCGAGCGCCGCCUGGAUGUGGAAAGUUUGCGGAUGAUCUACUUUCACGACCAAACAGUAGCAGUGGUAGAGCUCGGCCCUGCCAAGCGUCUGAUCGGAUGCGAGCUGAUCGAGAUCUACAAUGAUGCUGAUGGUGUAGAGCUGUUGCGCAACCUGUCCGCAAUCAACCGGCCGCUGGAGAUUUCCUUCCGCGACAUGAUCAAGCUGAUGGAGCAGUGCGAGCAGGUCGAUCGGCUUAACGAGCGCAACAGCUACCGGGCGACGGAGGCACCGGACGCGUCCGCGGUCGCCUACCGGAUCGCCGGACCGGACGAUCCGAUCGACGAAACCGGCAACGGCAGCGCUGGCCAACCGGGCGGAUCAAGCAACGGCGGCUUCCUGGCAAUGAUCAUGAAGAACCGCAGCAGCAAGCGGGGCAUCUUUUACUCGAGCUCGUUCUCGCUGCUCAGCGGCAUCAUACCGGGCACGAAGUGGUGCGGCACCGGUGACAUCGCGGAAAGCUAUCACGACCUGGGCGACGACGCCACGAUGGACCGGUGCUGCCGCACGCACGAUCUGUGCCCGAUGAAGGUGCGAGCGUACCAAAAGCGCUACAAUCUAAGCAAUAACUCUAUUUACACUAAGUCUCACUGCAAGUGCGAUGAUAUGCUAUUCGAGUGCCUGAAGCAAACGAACACAUCCGCGGCCCAAGUAAUGGGAUCGGUUUACUUCAAUCUAGUGCAAGUCCCAUGCGUGGAAGACACUCCUGCAGGGCCCCAGUUCCGCAAGGCUCGCGAAGGGUUUUAGAAAACGAAGGGUUCUACGCAGGACCAGCUGUGGAUGAGUUGUACAUAGAUAUACAAGUGUGUGUUUGUAGUGAAAAACACUUUGCUUCAACACCACAGCCAAAGGCACGAAUUGUCAGCAAACAAAAUCGUAAACAAUGCCCCUCAGCACAAUGUUUACUGUGAUAAAACGAUAUGUCGAUGAGGGAGCGACGGAGAAACAUUUAAUCAUUUCCAGUAAAAAGGGGUAACAACUGAAUGUAUCGUAAAUCUAUACGUAAAUGUCAAUGGAGAAGAAAACUUACACUCCGACACGAAAGCAGUACGACUGCCUCCCUUAAAGUAGAAAGCGUGCUAUCAAACCUCCUGUAGUCGACAACAAACAAGUGCCUGCGAAGUUGCAAAAGAUUUUAACGUUGCGUCCUCACUACCGCUCCCGUGCUAAGGGAUUCUGUUUUUAUUUUUAACCAUCUAUCUAUAACACCUAGUAUUACACAGUCCAAUCCUUUUGUAUUCAGUUUUAUGCUUGAUGCUAUUAUUUAUUGAACAUUUGCAAAGUGGAAUGAAGUGAGCGUGUGUCGGCCGGUAAUUACCGGAAACAAAUAUGUCUGAAGAAAAUCAGACAAUCAAGAUAGGUCUAUAAGUUCUGCCAAACAUCUGGAGUGCACUCGUAACGAUUCGUUGCGGCUAACGGUGUUGGGGCGGAAAUCAGUGAUACGUAACCAGUACCCGGUUCUUCGCACAGCUACUGGUGGCACGGCAUCCAGGAAAUCUCGUCAUACGACGGAAACCUUCCCAUCCGGAACGCGUCUGCAACGGUAACGCGUGGCUGAAGUAUCUCCAUCCGCCGAGACCUGUCCAUCUGUAACAGCAAUCAUCGUUGGAUGAUACAGGCGAUGAUGUUUGGACGGAAAAGACAAAUAAAAAGAGAGCAAAAAGCUUGA